GUGGCCAUAAAUCCUUAUGAACAGUUGCCUAUCUAUGGCGAAGAUAUCAUCAAUGCAUACAGUGGCCAAAAUAUGGGGGAUAUGGAUCCACAUAUCUUUGCAGUGGCUGAGGAAGCAUACAAGCAGAUGGCCAGAGAUGAGCGAAAUCAGUCAAUCAUUGUCAGUGGGGAAUCUGGAGCUGGAAAGACUGUCUCUGCUAAGUAUGCCAUGAGGUACUUUGCCACGGUCAGUGGAUCUGCCAGUGAAGCCAAUGUUGAGGAGAAAGUCUUGGCCUCCAACCCCAUCAUGGAGUCUAUUGGAAAUGCCAAAACUACAAGGAAUGACAACAGCAGUCGCUUUGGGAAAUACAUUGAAAUUGGUUUUGAUAAGAGGUAUCGAAUCAUUGGUGCUAACAUGAGAACUUACCUCUUGGAAAAAUCAAGAGUGGUGUUUCAGGCAGAAGAGGAGAGAAAUUACCACAUCUUUUACCAGCUUUGUGCCUCUGCAGCAUUACCCGAGUUUAAAACUCUACGAUUAGGGAAUGCAAAUUACUUUCACUAUACAAAGCAAGGUGGAAGCCCUGUGAUUGAUGGUGUUGAUGAUGCUAAGGAAAUGGUGAACACCAGGCAGGCCUGCACUUUGCUAGGGAUUAGUGAUUCCUACCAGAUGGGAAUUUUUCGAAUCCUUGCUGGCAUCCUUCACUUGGGCAACGUGGAGUUUGUGUCUCGGGAUUCUGACAGCUGCACUGUUCCUCCCAAGCAUGAACCCCUCACCAUCUUCUGUGACCUCAUGGGUGUGGAGUAUGAGGAGAUGGCCCACUGGCUUUGCCAUAGGAAGCUCGCCACUGCCACUGAAACCUACAUCAAGCCGAUUUCUAAACUUCAUGCCAUCAAUGCCAGAGAUGCACUUGCCAAACAUAUCUAUGCUAAUCUCUUUAACUGGAUUGUAGAUCAUGUGAACAAAGCCCUUCACGCUACUGUAAAACAGCAUUCUUUCAUCGGGGUGUUGGACAUCUAUGGAUUUGAAACAUUCGAAAUCAACAGCUUUGAACAGUUCUGUAUCAACUAUGCCAACGAAAAACUGCAGCAGCAGUUCAAUAUGCAUGUCUUUAAGCUGGAACAAGAAGAAUAUAUGAAGGAACAAAUACCGUGGACCUUGAUUGAUUUCUAUGACAAUCAGCCUUGCAUCAACCUCAUAGAGGCCAAAAUGGGAGUUCUGGAUCUGUUGGAUGAGGAGUGCAAGAUGCCAAAGGGCUCAGAUGACUCUUGGGCCCAAAAACUAUACAAUACUCAUUUGAAUAAAUGUGCCCUCUUUGAAAAACCACGCCUGUCAAAUAAAGCUUUUAUCAUCAAGCACUUUGCUGACAAGGUAGAAUAUCAAUGUGAAGGCUUUUUGGAAAAGAAUAAAGACACAGUUUAUGAAGAACAAAUUAAGGUCCUAAAAUCAAGUAAGUUUAAGCUGCUACCAGAGUUAUUCCAGGAUGAGGAGAAGGUCCUCAGUCCCACAUCAGCAACCCCUUCAGGGCGUGUACCUCUGUCUCGAACAGCUGUCAAACCAGCCAAGGCCAGGCCAGGUCAAGCCAGCAAGGAGCAUAAGAAAACUGUGGGACAUCAGUUUCGGAACUCUCUUCAUCUGCUGAUGGAAACCCUGAAUGCCACAACCCCACACUACGUGCGCUGUAUUAAGCCAAAUGACUUCAAGUUUCCGUUCACAUUUGAUGAAAAACGGGCAGUGCAGCAGCUGAGAGCUUGUGGUGUCCUGGAGACCAUCCGAAUCAGUGCAGCUGGCUUCCCCUCCAGGUGGACAUACCAAGAGUUCUUCAGCCGUUACCGUGUUCUGAUGAAACAGAGAGAUGUACUUGGAGACCGUAAGCAGACAUGCAAAAAUGUCCUAGAGAAGCUGAUUCAGGACAAGGAUAAGUACCAGUUUGGUAAGACAAAAAUAUUUUUCCGGGCUGGUCAAGUAGCCUAUCUGGAAAAAAUAAGGGCAGAUAAGUUGAGAGCUGCCUGUAUCCGCAUCCAAAAGACAAUCCGGGGCUGGCUGAUGAGGAAGAAGUACGUGCGCAUGAGGAAGGCUGCCAUCACCAUCCAGAGACACGUCCGAGGCUACCAGGCACGGUGCUAUGCCAAGUUCCUGCGGAGAACACGAGCUGCCAUCACUAUCCAGAAGUUCCAGCGCAUGUACGUGGUCCGCAAAAGAUACCAGCGCAUGCGAGCUACUACCAUUGCUCUUCAGGCUCUCCUGAGAGGCUACAUGGUCAGAAACAAGUACCAAAUGAUGCUUCGGGAGCACAAGACUGUUAUUAUUCAGAAGCAUGUGAGGGGCUGGCUGGCUCGACUGCACUACCAUCGGAUCUUGAAGGCCAUUGUUUACUUGCAAUGCUGUUACCGGCGCAUGAUGGCCAAGAGGGAGCUCAAGAAACUGAAGAUAGAGGCCCGCUCUGUAGAACGCUACAAGAAGCUUCACAUUGGCUUGGAGAACAAGAUCAUGCAGCUGCAGCGAAAAAUUGAUGAGCAGAACAAAGAGUACAAAUCUCUGCUGGAGAAGAUGAGCAACCUGGAGAUCACGUACAGUACGGAGACAGAGAAGCUGCGGAAUGAUGUGGAAAGGCUUCGGAUGAGUGAGGAGGAGGCCAAGAACGCCACCAACCGUGUCAUCAGCCUUCAGGAGGAGAUUGCCAAGCUCCGCAAGGAGCUGCACCAAACUCAGUCGGAGAAGAAGACCAUCGAGGAAUGGGCAGACAAAUACAAACACGACACCGAGCAGCUGGUAUCGGAGCUGAAAGAGCAGAACACAUUACUGAAAACAGAAAAGGAGGAGCUGAACCGCCGCAUCCAUGACCAGGCGAGGGAAAUAACAGAGUCGAUGGAGAGGAAGCUUGUGGAGGAGACAAAACAGCUGGAGCUGGAUCUGAAUGACGAGCGGUUACGGUACCAGAACCUGCUGAAUGAGUUCAGCCGUUUGGAGGAGCGGUAUGAUGAUCUCAAGGAUGAAAUGAACUUGAUGGUGAGCAUCCCCAAGCCUGGGCACAAAAGAACAGAUUCAACUCACAGUAGCAAUGAAUCUGAAUAUACUUUCAGCUCUGAGAUCACAGAAGCAGAAGACUUACCAGUGAGGAUGGAGCAGGAACCAAGUGAGAAAAAGGCACCGCUGGAUAUGUCUCUGUUCCUCAAACUGCAGAAACGGGUUACAGAACUGGAGCAAGAAAAGCAAUCCCUGCAGGAUGAACUGGACAGAAAGGAAGAACAGGCUCUUCGUGCUAAAGCUAAGGAAGAAGAAAGGCCUCCGAUGAGAGGUGCUGAGCUGGAGUAUGAGUCGCUCAAGCGUCAAGAACUUGAGUCUGAGAAUAAAAAGCUGAAGAAUGAGUUGAAUGAGCUGCAGAAGGCCCUCACAGAGACACGAGCUCCAGAGGUAACUGCCCCUGGUGCCCCUGCAUACAGAGUCCUCCUGGACCAGCUGACCUCAGUCAGUGAAGAGCUCGAAGUCCGCAAGGAAGAAGUUCUCAUCCUGAGGUCUCAGCUUGUUAGCCAGAAAGAGGCUAUUCAACCCAAGGAGGAUAAGAAUACAAUGACAGAUGCUACACUCCUCUUGGAGGAUGUACAAAAGAUGAAAGACAAAGGAGAAAUCGCACAGGCAUAUAUUGGACUGAAGGAAACAAACAGGCAAUCUCCCCAGGACUAUCAUAUGCUGAAUGAGGACGGAGAACUUUGGCUGGCUUAUGAAGGGUUAAAACAAGCCAACAGGCUGCUGGAGUCUCAGCUUCAGUCGCAGAAGAAGAGCCACGAGAAUGAACUGGAAUCGCUGCGAGGUGAGAUCCAAAGUCUGAAGGAGGAAAACAAUCGCCAGCAGCAGCUCCUGGCCCAGAACCUGCAGCUGCCUCCAGAGGCCCGGAUUGAAGCCAGUCUGCAGCAUGAGAUCACCCGGCUGACUAAUGAGAACUUGUUUUAUGAGGAGUUGUAUGCAGAUGAUCCCAAGAAGUAUCAGUUGUACCGGAUUUCACUUUACAAGCGGAUGAUUGAUUUAAUGGAGCAGCUGGAAAAGCAGGACAAAACUGUUCGCAAGUUAAAGAAACAGUUGAAAGUAUUUGCUAAGAAGAUCGGGGAACUUGAAGUGGGUCAGAUGGAGAACAUAUCACCUGGACAAAUCAUUGAUGAGCCUAUUCGUCCAGUUAACAUUCCACGGAAAGAAAAGGACUUCCAAGGGAUGUUGGAAUAUAAGAGGGAGGAUGAACAAAAACUUGUCAAGAAUCUUAUUUUAGAGCUGAAACCACGUGGGGUAGCUGUCAACCUGAUUCCAGGACUACCAGCAUAUAUUUUGUUCAUGUGUGUUCGCCAUGCAGAUUACCUUAAUGAUGACCAAAAAGUGCGGUCAUUGUUGACUUCCACUAUCAAUGGCAUCAAAAAAGUGUUGAAGAAAAGAGGAGAUGACUUUGAAACAGUGUCCUUCUGGCUAUCGAACACCUGCCGAUUUUUGCACUGUUUGAAGCAGUAUAGUGGAGAAGAGGGGUUUAUGAAGCAUAAUACACCUCGUCAAAAUGAGCACUGCCUCACUAAUUUUGAUUUAGCUGAAUACAGACAAGUACUGAGUGACUUGGCCAUUCAGAUUUACCAACAACUUGUCCGAGUGUUGGAAAAUAUUCUGCAACCGAUGAUUGUUUCAGGGAUGCUGGAGCACGAGACCAUCCAGGGUGUCUCAGGGGUGAAACCAACGGGUCUGCGGAAGAGAACAUCCAGCAUUGCUGAUGAAGGAACCUACACUUUGGACUCCAUCAUUCGGCAGCUGAACUCCUUCCACUCAGUGAUGUGCCAGCAUGGAAUGGAUCCAGAGCUGAUCAAACAGGUUGUCAAGCAGAUGUUCUACAUCAUUGGGGCCGUAACACUUAAUAACCUUCUCCUGCGCAAGGACAUGUGCUCGUGGAGCAAAGGAAUGCAGAUAAGAUACAAUGUGAGUCAACUGGAAGAAUGGCUACGUGAUAAAAAUUUGAUGAAUAGUGGGGCUAAAGAAACACUGGAACCCCUCAUCCAGGCUGCACAGUUGUUGCAAGUAAAAAAGAAAACGGAUGAAGAUGCAGAAGCCAUUUGUUCAAUGUGCAAUGCACUGACUACUGCCCAGAUUGUAAAAGUUCUGAAUUUGUAUACUCCAGUUAAUGAGUUUGAAGAGAGAGUCUUGGUAUCAUUUAUACGUACAAUACAGGUGCGUCUGCGAGACAGGAAGGACUCUCCUCAGUUGCUCAUGGAUGCUAAACACAUCUUUCCUGUUACUUUUCCGUUUAAUCCAUCCUCUCUGGCAUUAGAAACCAUUCAGAUCCCAGCCAGCUUGGGCCUGGGCUUCAUAUCACGUGUCUGAUCCCAAGGAUGUACCGUCAGUGUUAAAUGGAGAACCGGUUGCCUGAUAUCUUUACUUGUUAAAACAUAGUGAGCCACUAAAAACACAUUUUCUGAACAAACAGCCUGUAUAAGCCCAGAUCUGUAGUUAAGGUAGCUGGAAAACUGCACAACAGCACCACAGACUGAAGGCUAAGAGAAAGAUGUGCAUUUGUGCUCAGUCACUGCAUUUAUGAGGACUUCACUGAUUCAUACAUUUCCAGAGUAUGGAAAUCGGGCUUGGACAAAAAUUGUGUCUUCAGCUGUCUAGAGACAUUUUUAGAUCUUUAGUAACAUAUUUAAAUAGUGUAAAUUAAACUCCAUAUGUAAUCUUCUCAUAGGCGGGGACCAACAGGGACAGUCACAGUCCUGAACAUGGAAGACUUGAAAGUAAGGCAUUUUGUAGUAGAAUACACAGUCACUUGGGAGCCUGUUACAUUUAAUUUAUAAAAACUGGAAUGGAAAAAACACAAACUGGCAAUAUAUAAAAUUAUUUCUUAAACCACUUCCUCAUUUAUGUCAUAAAUUUGACAUAAAUUGUAGUGAUAAGUCUUACAGCUCACUAUAUGCUAUAACUUAGGUGUUCAUUUGUUAGUACUGUGGUUUACCAAACAUACUAAAUCGCUGCUGCAUAUUCUUCUGUUCUUUCAAAUGUACGACAGUAUCAUACUAAGCACUAAAAAUAAGAUACUUCAUUUUUUGUUGUCAACCUUAUUUACAGCCUGUAGCAGUCUGUUAUUUUAACUGGAUUUUUGCACAUGGUAUCGAAUAACACCUGUAGAGGAAAAUGGUAACUAAGCACAAGUAGCACACUGGAAAUUAUAUGUUUCGUUAUUUUUAAACUAGUUAUUUUUGAAAGUAGUUAGCUAAAAGUACAGAAUCUUGAAGCAAAUGAUCAGAAGUCAGUAAUGAUUUUAGUAUUUAUUUAGAUUAUAUAGUCUGUCAAAUGUUGUCCUUUGUUUGUAGACCCCAGAGUUGACUGUGUGUAUUUUGAGUAUAAUCUCUUUUCGUUUGUUGCCACUUAAAUAAAAAGUCUUCUUUCACACUGGAAUUUGAGAGGAAAAACUUUAAUGGGAAGUUUCUACAGUAGCCCAAGGCUCUCAUUAUUUGAAAGGUUGACUAACAAGAACGUUAAGUAGUUUUUGACUAUGAUGCUGUCAUUUGACUAUGAUUAAUGCUGAUUUAAUGGUUGGAAAUCCAGGGUUCAUAAUGAGAGACUGAGAUAUUUUGGAUAUUGCACAUCUUACUGGAAAGAUUUUUCUGUCUCACACAUCUUGGAUCUGCUAUACAGAAUUCACAUUUCACAAUGUGCAGCAGAAGCCUUGCUUAAGGAUCCAGUUCUGUGGUGUAUGGCUCAAAUAUACAUGUAAAAAAAAAAGCCACACACAUUGCUUAAUUGCAUUGUGCAAUAUUUCUAAUGUAUUAUAAUAAUUAUCAUCUUAGCAUUGACAUUAAUUUCUUCUAGAAUAUUGAUAAAUAAUCUAGAGGUACACUGUUAGACUGUUUGGUACUAAUCUGUUUGCCUGCAAAUUCACAGAAAAAAAGAUUUACUGUUAAGCAAACUGAAACAUUUCGGUUUUGUUUUACUUGAGAGGCAGACAUGCUGUUUGUAUGGUUGCUAAAAUCAGAAGUAAAGACAACCUAAAGUUU